UGUAUGCGUUCUUACGGAGUUUCUAUGCUAAGUAGGAUAGUCUCGCAAGAAAAUGGCUGACCAGCAUACCCCCUGUUAUAGUGCCCUAGUCAAAAGUUGCAUUAAUUUUUAAUGCAACGUUGCCACGUUGUCAAACAUGGAAAUUCUUUUUCAGUGUUUCCGACAUUGAACCGCAAAAUUGAAUAUUUUUCGUUUUCGUCUUUCAGCCUUCUUCAAGCAUCUGAGAAAUUUUUCAUUUGUAAAUUUUUUCUUCAAGUUAUACUAUUAAAUUAAAAUUCAACUUAGCUGAUUCAUUAAUUAAUUACCGAAAAAAUGAACAACGAAAGAAACCGUAACCAUGUUAGCGUUAGCCAUGUUUCAUAAACUGGUUAUACUGGUUCAUUCAUUUUCAAAACAAAGCCAAGAAAGUUGAAUAAAAACAAUAAUAUUAUUGUUUUUUAAAUCAAUCUGUUUCUAGGAAUCUAGGAAUUUUCAUUCCAGAUUUCAUUAAAUUCGCGAUAAAAUUAGGAAAAUAAAACCUAUGCCUCUCAUGUAACUAAAUGAGAAAAAAGUGAGACUUAUUAUUCAAGUGGUAUCUCAGGGUAAUGCGAAAUGGCUAGUCAAGAGUCCAAGUACAGUGCUUUUGCUCGCCUGAAACAAGAUUAUAUUUGUUUAAAGAAGGAUCCUAUACCAUACAUCGAAGCUGAACCAUUACCUUCCAAUAUUCUAGAAUGGUAUUACGUAGUUCGUGGUCCAGAGAAUACUCCUUAUGAAGGAGGAUAUUACUUAGGGAAGCUCGUAUUUCCUCGCGAGUAUCCGUUCAAACCACCUGGUAUUUAUAUGCUUACUCCUAAUGGCAGAUUCGAAACACGUAUGCGACUGUGUUUAUCGAUCAGCGACUAUCAUCCAGAAGACUGGAAUCCAGCUUGGAACGUAUCUACCAUACUUACAGGGCUUCUCAGUUUUAUGUUGGAUAAAAGUCCUACGGUUGGCAGUGUCGAAUGUUCGGACAAUAAACGACGAGCCUUGGCUACUAAAAGCUUAUCUACUAAUCUUCUCGAUAGUACUUUCUGUGAUCUAUUUCCCGAGUUGGUGAAGAAAAUAAAAUCCGAAUUAGAUGGAAAGAAACCGAAAGAAGAGACAACUACGAGUCGUAAACGUGAAUCACAAGAAAUGUACUCGAGUGACCUGGAAUCUGAUUCGUUUUCUGAUUGAAAUGUGUUCAGUUUCAUAUAAUACUGGAUUUCUUUCAUUGUUGUAUCCGAUACUCAGAUCUGUGAGACUCAUACACAACAUCCCGAUAUAUGAAUUGCAAAUGAUGAUACUGCAGCUACGUGCUGUGCGCAUAAUUUAAACACAAUUAUGAAUUUUAUGUAUUUCGUCGUUCGAAUAUUCUACUCGAUUUUUCGAGUAUUUUAUUCUUAUCUGUUCCUUGUAUUUUUUGACUGAAUUAGGUUUCGAGAUUUCUCGAAAAAAUGAGUAAUUUAUUUAAAUUUUCAUUCCCUACGUAAAAGAGUCAAAAACCGUUCGUAUUUAUAAGCUCGAAGUACUUCGAAUUGGACAUAGAAAAUGUUUAAAUUUGAACUUGACUCCCCGAACCAAAUUUACAUGAUGCAAUUUUGACUGAAAGCUCUUAGCUCACAGCAAUACAACACAUCAUCGAAGAACACAGGAUUAGGAUACAUGUUCCGAUUGCAUGACUUGCGACAGACGUGUGGUGAAGUUAAUACGUACUUGGUUAAAUUUACAUUGGAAUUUUAGGCAAUAUCCAUCGUUGUUUUCCGUCCUACUCAAAAAAUGUUGGAGUAACGAGAUUCGAAACAAUAUCGUAAGAUGUAUUAUUGUAAUAUACUCGUAUGUUCCUUUGUACUGUAUAUUGUAAUUAAAUUACUGAUCUAUUUUUAAUACAUCUAUUUUCAAGUUUUUUUUUA